UAUAACUUCCCUUUCGAGGCCUCUUUCUCUCUCUCCCUCUAUGUCUUGACUCUCAAAGAUCUAUUUCAGACUCACUUUUAUGCUCGCCUUUCACAUAACGCCAAAAACUGUCCUCCUCUUCCUUCUUCACCCAGUUCCACUUUCUCUCUCUCUCUCUCUCUCUCUUCUGCAAAAGCUAUCUUAGCGCUAUGUGGGCUCGUGACGAUUAGACUGGUAUUGGGUUAGAGACAGAGAAAGACUGAGAUAGAUGGGUUCGUGUGUAUCGGUGCAUAGGAGCUCUGACUCCGCCAUGAAACUCAGAUUAUCGUUUGCGUCCAAAGACGACAAGCUCGUCAUCCCACCCUCACCCAUCAAGGAAACUCCGACCAAUGGGAUCAUCAUCAACAACAACAACAACAACAACAACGUUGUGGCUGUUAAGUCUCAGCAGUCGCCUUUUCGGUCAGGCGCUAGUUUUGGAGGAUACGGUAGCACAGAGGAAACCUUUUUUGAUUCCCAAGCCUGGUUAGAGUCAGAUUGCGAGGAUGAUUAUUUUAGUGUCAAUGGUGAUUUUACCCCCUCCCGUGGCAACACUCCAGUCCAUCAUAAUCUCUCUGUCGGGACCCCUAGAGUCAACAAGACCCAUUUUGAGGACAGAAGUCCUGGUUCCAUACCUGUAACAUCCCCAACAGAUAAGAAAAAGAAACUGUCUGAACUUUUCCGAGAGAGCAGCAGACAUGACCAAGAUGUCGACGACCUAAAUACCUCCGGCAACCAGAACAUAGCCAACGGAAACAUGCAAGCUCGACCAACCGUACUUGACCUCCCUCCAAAGUCAGCACAUGGCACCCCUUAUCGGACUAAUUCUGUAUGUAGUAGUGAAUGGACUGCUAAUGGAGAUCACCCCUUAACAGAGAAGGAAAAACCAAUCAAGUCUGUGCAGUGUUGUCUUCCAAGCUUGAUUUCAUGCCGUACCUUUAGUGAGAGGAAGAAGAAGAUGGACCCUGCUAUAGCUGUAGAUGAUCAACCAACACCUCUGGACUCUGGUACAAGAUAGAUGAAAGAAUCCAGGAUCUUGAAUCUUUGGAUCACAACUUCUGUGCCACUCUGACUUUCACUUUCUUCAGAUUUUGUAAAGUGUAAGUGAUAUCUGUUAAAAGAACUCGAUAUAUGGAUCCAUGGGCAUGUAAAAACGAAAUAGUGGAGAUGUUCUAUAUCAAACUCCAGCGAGGAAUUUUACUCUCUCCAUCAAUCUCAGAAAAUGAGGUCGUAUCUUCAGGUUGGAAGUUUUUCUUCAUUUUCGUAAUGUUGAGGGAAUAAAAUGUAAUUAUGUACUUCUUGCUAAAAAAGAGUCAAAAUAUGCAAAUUAUAUUAUUAUGUUUUUCUUCUGCUUAAA